CCACCACCUCCGUCUCCGCCCCCGCCCCGGCCAACACCAGCGUCCCCUUUCGAUCAUCUUCCGGCCGAGCUUCUACUCGAAAUAUGGGAAUACCUCAGCGUCAAUUCGUCAAUGGGGUUUGCGCUUGCGUUAUUCCCGACACUGCGCCGCCACGGUCUUAUACCUCAAUUGACUUUAUCGACUUACAUGCGUAUAACGCGUGACGACACCGAACGUCGCGCCCUCGGUACAUCUAGCACAUCAGUUUUGGGGAGACUACCGAUGGAAUUGUGGCUGCAGAUUGCUGAAAUGGGAAAUUCAAAGGACAACAUCAGCCUGCUGUUCGCUCUUGCUGGACAAUUCUUUCAAUUUCAAGAACGACCAAGCGAUGAGACGAAAGCCAGGCUACAUGUCUGGGCUCGACGGAAGCAGUGAGACGAACUUCUCGAACUUCUCGAACU